GACUUAUCAGGAUGUCUUUUUAAAAAUGGACUGCGGUUUGUGGAUAUCAGGUUUCCUCAGAAACAAAAGGUAAAUAAUGAGAACUUCAUACAGCGGUUUAUGGGAAAAUUAACAUUGCUGUUGCAGUCAAAGAUUGAAAUCUGGAAUUUCGAUCAUUAGAGGUAAAAAAAGCUUGAUUUGAGAUAUUCGCGAGAAAACGUUAAAAAACAAAUGACUAUUGGUGAAACACUAAUAGAUGCAUCAAGCUGGACUUUGGCACCGAGCUAGUCUCAAGUUACAUCAACAAAGGGAGAAAGUUUCAGAUUUUUUGGAACGAUUUUCUGUUUAAUUAUCAAAUUUACAAAAAAAUCAUCCCCCAACCGGUCCCCAAAUUUCGGAGUCUCACAUUUCAGACCAAUGUUUGGCAUACUCAGGUAUAAUUUUAUGUAAAUGCUGGUUUAAGUGCUCUAAGUAUUCAUUAAUACUUGAAUUGUUCUAAAUAAUGAAUAACUUCAUAUCUAAAUGCCUGAUGUUUAUUAUUUUCAAAAUGAAAACAAAAGUUAAUCUGCAUUGAAAUGAAUUGAUGAAAUGUUGACUUACGGAUUUUUAUGAUAAUUUCUAGUUAAAAAUGAAUCAAUGAACGAUUAAUGGACUUUUAUUAACAGAGUAAUGAGUCUUUAAUAUUUAAGAUGUAUUUCAUCUUUAACUUAGCCUUGACGCUCGUUUCAUAACUAUUCGUGAAAUUGAGUAAAAUUAAAUCACAAUUAUAAAUUUUUAGCCUUUGAUUGUAUAAAUUGAAACAUUUUGUUGAAAUAUUGUAAAUUCAAGAAUUUACGAAUAACUGACGGAUGCUAAUGAUGACAAUGACGAAUUAAGUCUAACGAAUAAUUUGCCAAUUGUUUGAUACACUUUCAACGUGAUCCAUUGUCUUCACGUACGAACAGAAAAUUCAGUAGUUCAAUUUGUUUCUGGCAUUUUCAAAAAUCCUAUUGAUAAUAUAAGAAAAAGAGACGGUUUAUCAAAUUCAAACGUAGAAAACAUUUGUCAGAACGUCCAAAAACACGUCUUCAAAUGUUAAGUGUUUGAAAAUUCAGUAUUUAUUGCACAACUAAAUAUAAAAUGAUAAAAUAUUUGCUAUGGAGUUUCACACCAAAUACUAAAUUUUUUUUUAUUUACUAGUUUAAGACGUAUCAAGUAUUCAAUCACAAAAUGUUUAGCAUUUUCACUGGUGCUAAAUACAAAAGACUGAAGUACUCAAGUACUUUAAAAUUAUAUCACUAUUUAUAAUACAAAAUAUUCAUAUUCAUGAUUUGUUGCUUAUAAGGUCAAUAAUAUCAAGUUCGAAACUAUUUAAAAACUUCGUAUCUAUCAAAUACUCUUCUAUCCAACGCUGUUUUAGACCAACCUCCAUAACUCAAACAAAAUUAAAAGCUCAUCGAUUCCAAUGCUUUCAAUCAGACCCAAAAAUGAUCAACAAUUACAUUACAAAAAUCCUCCUCUUAACAUGAAUUUCUGACUAAAUGCAAUCGAAAAAUAUUCACGUCAUCAAUAAUCUCCAGCUCCCCAUAUUCUUAUCAAUAAAUAAUUACCACAGAUCAUAUUCUUCCUUCCCUAAUACCCCCACCAUCCAAUAACUAAAUCCCCCCAAAAUAAUGAAAACUGCUCUCCUCAUCUGUUUACCCAACAUACGAUAUACUUAUUACCGGAUUAGUUGACCCCUGUGGCUUUUAAAUUACUCCCGGAAGACUGCAUCCAGGACAUCUGGCCCAUCACGUUCUCCACUCGAAUCCCCUCAAUCCAAAACUCUAGAAGGAAAAAAAAAACAACCGCCAGUGGUAUCAAUUACAUUGUUGUUAUUGCACCGAGGGAUGAAAGAUUCCCGUUGAUAUAAUACACUGGUAUAAGAGCAUACAACAAUGGACAGGUAUCAAAAGGGGCGAGAGGGGCUCUGGGGGGGUGAAAAUUUGUGGUAAAGCCCAGUGGCAAAUGUGUAAUGCGAUAGCCAUCUAGGGGGUGUGCAACUAGGCGUUUAAUUUCUCAAUUCACUAAAUAGAUACAGUAACAGGGAGAAAAAAAGUUACUGGUCCACGAUAUAAUGGCUAAGGGCCUUUGGAGAUUUCAGUUGAUCCUGCGAACAUGUCGGAGUCGUACACGAGACGAAAAAGUGACUUCAGUAUUGCGAGAAUCCUCUCAGAUGAUCCAAAAUCAUCGUCGCAGGUUGAAAAAGGAGAGGAAUUAUCGAAUGCUGAUAGUGAUUCAUUUGAUAGUGAUGAUGAUCUUGAUGUUGUCACGGUUGAUCACCAGAAGGAGACUUCUCGUGAUGAUCAGCACGAUCAUCGGCUGAUGCUCGUGAAUUCCUGUGAAAAAAACGAUAAAGUGCAUUUAUCUCGGGAUGAUGAUUCAAAUUUGAACGUUUGCGGGGAAUUAAAGUUGCAGAGUGAUCUUCAGUGGCUUCACUGCACGAGGUACAGACCCCCGAGGCUACCGAGAAGAACUUCUGGAGCCAGAAAUUGCAAGAGAAGACCAGCUACACAUCCUAGAAUACCUUUUACGUCCUUUCAACUGGAGGUACUCGAGAAUAAAUACAAGAGUGGGCCGUAUCUUACGCGGAAGGAUGUUCUACAGCUGGCGGGGAACCUGGGGCUCCCCCAGAGUCGAGUGAAAAUUUGGUUUCAAAAUCGACGGGCGAGGGAUCGGCGGGAGAACAGGGUAUCGAGUAGUUUAAGUAUUCACUAAAAUGGUAGAGUAACAGGGAAAAGAGUUCGUGGUCCAGGAUAUAUGAUGGAUAAGGAUUUUUGAAGAUGUUAGUUGGUCCUGCGGACAUGUCGAUGUCGCACGCGAGACGAAAAAGUGACUUCAGUAUUGCGAGAAUCCUCUCAGAUCGUCCAAAAUCAUCGCCAGACAUUGAAAAAGGACAGGAAUUAUCGCAUGUUGAUAAUGAUUCAUUUGAUUAUGAUAAUGAUCUUUAUGUUGUCACGGUCGAUCAUCAGAAGUAGGUGCCUGGUGAUCAUCAGGACCAUAGGCUGAUGCUGGUGGAUUCAUGUGAGAAAAACGAUAAAGUGCAUUUAUCUCGGGGUGAUGAUUCAACGUUGAACGUUUGUGGGGAACUGGAGUUGUAGUGAUCAUUAGUGGCUUCACUAAACGAGGUGCAGACUUUCGAGGCAACCGAGAAGAAAUUCCGGAGCCAGAAUUCCCGGCGGGGAAUCUGGGGCUGCCCCAGAUUCGAGUUGAAAUUUAGUGUCAAUAUUGACCGGCGAUGGAUCGACGGGAGAACAGGGUAUCGAAUAAUUUAAGUAUUCACUAAAUAAAUAGAGUGACAGCCAAAUAAUUUUGUGAGUUUAUAUCAAAUUAUUUUAUAUAAGACAAGAAUAAAUUUAAUAAGGAGUGAAUAAACGAAUAAUUCCAAGUAUUUAUGCUGCAGUCAACUCACUUCAAUUCAGUUCCCUCGAAAUAAAUCGUUUUAAAUUCAACUUGAUUUUU